AUGAGCUUUAAGGAAAAACAAGUUGAAUCAAUGAACAUCCAAUCUGAUCUCCAAGCUGUUUUUAUUGCUUUGUUAACAAGACAUAGUUCACUGGUUGUUGGAAGACCACAUCGAGCUUCGUUUAAGACCAAACAAUUCAUCAAAAUCAAAGAGGUUAAUUUUGACCGAUUUGAUCAAAUUAAUAUGCUCCAAUUGAUACAAAAGAGAUCGAAGGAGCAAGAAAACGCACUUUCGGAAAAUGAAAAGACUUCAAGAAAAACAGCAAAAAGAAGAAUUCAAUUGACUAAAAGAAGAGAAACAAUGAGAAUUUUGCAAGACAUCUUAGCCGAAUUUGGAUUUCUGGUGUUUAUUGAAAAGGAGACUGUUGAUGGAUAUGAAGGAGAUAUCACUAUCUACGAAAAUGGUGUUUUGUUCAUGACCAUGGAACAAAUCAGAGAAAGUGGCAACAUCAUCAACGAGCAAAUCACUUCCAUGUUAUCCACUACAAACAAUGUACCCAUUUCAAAAGAUAUGUUUUGCCCAACACAAAAUUUAACUCAAGGCUAA